UGCACAUUCCCACGACAAAGGACAACAAUGGUGACGACGUUUGACGGAGAGAACGAUCUACUUACCCCGGUCGAAAUAAUCCGGGGAAGAUCCUUCGUUCUCGAGAGUGGUCGACGUAAACAGCGUCCAAUGAUCGAGGUAGACUCCGUAGCACGGGAGGUACGGGAGUGGACGUUGGAUCCUUCGUCACGCAUCAGUACCAAGUUAGAUGAGUACUCUCCUCCUCUGAGCUUUUCGCGGUCCCCCUAUAUAAACUAAUAGCCCGGUCUAGCACGAAUGUCAGUUAACAUAUUAUUGGCGAAGAGAUCGGUCGCGAUCGCAAAAUAAACCAAGUUUUCGAGAUAAAACGUGAUUAUAGAGUGUGUUAUCAAAAAGUAUAAAAAAGGAGCAUCUAGAUGCUGAUAAGAUGUUACUGCUGUACAUGCUACUCUUUCUACCGGUGCUCGUCUCAGCACAAGGAUCGCAAUCAAUGAAAACACUGGACCGAGAGAUGCUGCGGGACAACUCUAGAGACUCUUUAGACUGGAUCGGUGAAAGCUUUUUGAACGUCGUUGAAACAUUUUUUCCGGUUUCGAAAUCGCGUGAUGACGAAAUCGUAGAAGGGCGUAAAGAUAAGAAAUUAAAAAAACUGAAUAAGUAUGUUCUCCCUUUGAUCAUUGGAUUUUUGCUGAUAAAAUCAAUUCUAUUGCCCAUCACGUUAAAGGCAUUGGCAGUUUUAAGCGGAAAAGCUGUUGUACUGAGUUUGAUGAGUCUAAUUCUGGCAGCCAUAAUUGGAUUAAAAAAAAUUGCCCACCAAGAGAGCAGCCACGAAUACAAGCAUAGACGACAGGAUGUAUAUGGUUUUGUUGAUGACGUGCAAGAAUUCGAACCUUAUCGAUUUUACAAAGAACGACGUAGAAAGAAGUGAAAAAGAAUAUAUUAUGUAUUAACGGACAAUAAAAUUCUUUGUUGA